AGGGAACGCGACGCGGCGGGGAUUUCCAGACUGGGCUCGAGGGCGGGAGAGGAAGUGCCGGGCGGGGGGAAAGAGAACCAGCCGGGGCAGCGCACCAGGGACUUUCCAGCCGGGGCAAGGCAGACUACGUUUGGCUGAACUGCUGCAAGAACAGCAGUGGUCGGUAGUGCUGGCGGCCGCGGUUCUUUCCCCCCCUUCUUUUCCUCAGGCGCAGAGUAAGUAGGGGAAGAAGGGAGAAGGUGGCUGGCCGUUGCUCGCCCCCAGGCAGAGGCGGAAUCCGGAGCUGGUGGGGAGGGAGCGUUUCCCAAAGCCGAGGCAGAGCGGUUGGUCUCACCCGUUUCUACUGCCUUGCUAAGUCGGGCGGGAGCUUGCUGGGAGGGAAGCCGUCGUGUGCGUGAGGAAGGGAGGACGCAACGGCCGGAGGUCCCCUUUGGAGAGCCCACGGGGGCAGCUACCCGAACCGUGGAUCUGCUGGGGAACGGGCAGACGCCGCGGUCAGAAGGUCCCCGCUGCUAGUCGGAGGGAAAGGCGGGAGAGGUCCGCCGUCUCAGUUAAGCGCGUGUCUCGAGAGGUGGGGGCUUGCCUAGAACUGGGUAGGGGCUGCAUCUCCAUCUCCCCCGAGCUGUUGCUUCUCUCUUGCCUCUUUUUCCAAUUAAGGCAGCCGCCCGGAAAGAAGGCUGUUGCUUAGGGACUAUGCGAGGAGUAUAUUGGUGCUGCUGCCCGGAGGCAUUCGUAUUCAGCCUCCAUGCGCCCUCAAAACUGCUUUUCCGAGGGGUAGCUUUAUAGCAAGUACAGAAGAAGGAGCAGUUAAAGGAUACAACAUGAAGUGGACAUAUGCAGCAUACCAUGAAGCUAAAAUCAGGAAUUAUGACAUUUAUCGAAAUGUAAAGUGUAUACUUAAGAACAUGACUGACCUGCUGGAUCAGACCAAAGUCCUCCCUAAAGUGGCAUCCUGUUUCCUGUGGUAGCCAAGCAGCUGUCCCUGGGAAGCCUUGCAAGUAGGAUGUUAAAAGAGUCCACAUUUGAUGACAUCAACUUAGAGCAGCCUGAGUGUUCAUUUUUCUUUGAUGUUUUCCUCUGAUCAAAUUUAGAUGGUCUUAUCCUUUUCAUCUUUCAAAGAGUAUUUAUUAAUUCCAACAUGGAUGCAAGCAAGAAAGCAGAUCUUCCAGUCUUAGUGGAAACAAUACAGCAGAAGGCAAAUCCCGAUCGCCACCCUAUCCCAUCCAUUUAUGUACCAGAACAAGGUGGUUACAAGGAAAAAUUUGUGAAUGCAGUCGAAGACAAAUACAAAUGUGAAAAAUGUCAUCUCAUCUUGUGUAAUCCAAGACAGACAGAAUGUGGGCAUCGCUAUUGUGAGACCUGCAUGAGUUCUCUGUUGAGUUCCACAAGUCCAAAAUGUACAGCAUGUCAAGACACAAUAGUGAAGGAUAAGAUAUUUAAAGAUAAUUGCUGUCGAAGGGAGCUUCUAGCACUUCAGAUAUUCUGCAGAAAUGAAAAUAAAGGUUGUCGAGAUCAACUGACCUUGGGACAGUUGCUGACACAUCUAAGAAAUGACUGUCUCUUUGAAGAACUUCCAUGUCCUCGUACUGAUUGUAAAGAAAAAAUACUGAGAAAAGAUUUACCAGAUCAUAUAGAAAAAAACUGUAACUAUCGGGAAACAACAUGUAAAUACUGUAAAAGCCAAGUACCAAUCAUUAUGAUACAAAAACAUGAAGAUGCAGACUGUCCUUGUGUUAUGGUUACAUGUCCUCAUCAGUGCAGCGUUUCAGCACUCCUCAGAAAAGAGUUGAAUGCACAUUUGUCAGAAUGUAUUAAUGCCCCAAGUACCUGUAGUUUUAAGCGUUAUGGCUGCACUUUUCAGGGAACAAACCAGCAAGUUAAAGCACAUGAAGCCACCUCAGCAGUGCAGCAUGUAGACUUAUUGAAAGAGUGGAGUAAUUGUCUAGAAAAUAAGGUGGCCAUGCUCCAGAAUGAAAGCUUGGAAAAGAACAAGAGCAUACAAACUUUACAUAAUCAAAUUUGUAGUUUUGAAAUAGAAAUUGAGAGACAGAAGGAAAUGCUGCGAAGUAAUGAAACCAAAAUACAUCACUUGCAGCGGGUAAUAGAUAGUCAAGCUGAGAAGCUGAAAGAACUAGACAAAGAGAUCCGACCUUUCCGACAGAACUGGGAAGAAGCAGACAGCAUGAAAAGUAGCGUUGAGUCCCUCCAGAACAGGGUGACUGAACUGGAAAGCAUUGAUAAAACUACUGGGCAAGGAGCUAGAAACACAGGUCUUCUAGAAUCACAGUUAUCUAGGCAUGAUCAAAUGCUAAGUGUUCAUGACAUCCGUCUGGCUGAUAUGGACCUACGAUUUCAAGUCCUGGAAACAGCAAGUUACAAUGGAGUAUUAAUCUGGAAAAUUCGAGAUUAUAAACGUCGAAAGCAAGAGGCUGUUAUGGGGAAGACUUUGUCCUUAUAUAGCCAACCAUUUUAUACAGGAUACUUUGGCUAUAAGAUGUGUGCCAGGGUUUACCUCAAUGGAGAUGGGAUGGGCAAAGGGACGCACUUGUCUUUGUUCUUUGUUAUAAUGCGGGGAGAAUAUGAUGCAUUGCUUCCUUGGCCAUUCAAGCAAAAGGUCACUCUUAUGUUGAUGGAUCAAGGACCUUCUCGGCGCCACUUAGGAGAUGCGUUCAAGCCAGACCCCAACAGCAGUAGUUUCAAGAAACCCACUGGGGAAAUGAAUAUUGCAUCUGGUUGCCCAGUCUUUGUUGCACAAACUGUUCUAGAAAAUGGAACAUAUAUUAAAGAUGAUACUAUUUUUAUUAAAGUCAUAGUGGAUACUUCGGAUCUACCAGACCCCUGACAUAUAGCAGAAAGGCAGAUUCAACAGAAGACAACUCCAUUUGGGGCUCUUUUUUAUAUCUGUCUUCAAUGAGAGGUCCUUAAAGCUCAGAGAGGACCACUUUAUGUUAACAGAGGAAGAGUUUGGAGGUAUAACUUACAUAGGGUCCAAUGGCAAACAUAGCAACCCAUUAAGAAACCAUAACUGGUGUAUUUUCUAAACUAAUAGGAACACUUCAAGUUCUGGCAAGUUACUUAAUCCUCAUGAAGACAAAGAUCUCUGUCAGAAAAGCUUUUUGUAAUUUAUUGACAAUAAUUUGGGAGAGGAAAAAAAACAAAGUAUCUUAUGCUGAAUACGACAUCAGACUUUACUUUCAUUUUAACUAGAAAAUAAAAGUUCACAUGUGGGUUAGCUAGAAACUGUCAGCAUGUUAAGUAAAAAAA